AUGUGUUCACCGGACGAGCAGAGGCUCAAAUGGAGAGUUGACGACUACCUUACACGAAAACGGGAGUUACUUGCUGAUUUAGCUGAUUUUAAGGAAAAUGAAAUUAUGGAUGUGGGUCGCCAGCAAAGUCACUUUAUUCAUUUCUUUUGUUACAGAUUUAUUGAAGAAACUGCGAAAACUAUAGACGAAUUGAAUCGAGAGAAGGAGGAGCACUCUGAGAUCAUACAACAGAUUAAUCAGGAUAAAUCUGAUUUGGAAAAACAAAUGGACGAUGCUCGAUACGAACAACGUGAGCGGGAAACACAACUAGCGAGAAAAUAUGAAACGCUGAUGAAGUUGAUGGAAUCAUCAAAUGAGAAGAUUCGAGAAAGUGGACUUGGAGAAGAAGCGAUUAUACAUCCUGAUGAUAUCCCGCAUGCACGGAUUCCAAAGCUCCCUACUCCACCAGCACCUCUCACAGCGCCUCAAUGGAAAGGUCUAACAGGAUUGAUCCCACCAAUGAUGUCUCUUGAUCAAAUGAUGAUGGCCACACAGUUUCGACCGCCUCCUGCAGUGCCUCCUCAUUUGAAGGCUGCCGAUCAUCAAAGCCCUCCAAUGAAGGCUGCCGAUCAUCAAAGCCCUCCAAUGAAGACCUGCCAAUCGUGUUUCCAACAAAUUCAUCGUAACGCACCUAUCUGCCCAAUGUGUAAGAGUAAGUCGAGAAGUAAAAAUCCGAAAAAACCAAAGAAAAAGGAUUGA